UUCCAUAACGUCAGGUACAAGCGGGUUGCACAAACUAGCGGUAUUUACCGCGGUUUUUAAACAGUUUAUUAUAUUAAUAUAGUAGUCUAAUAAAGAAAUAAUGGAGCAGCAGUCAAAGUUACGGAAACAUCUACAGGAACUCCCAACUGUUGAUAAUCAUCCUUCUGAUUUGUUGUCGUGGGAUCCCAGCAAAACUCGACAACUGUUAUCUGGGAUGGGGGUAGCUCUCAUGGACAAAGAGGUGGAUGACACUGAAAAUACUCCCCACGACAUGUUCUUUGGCUGUCUGUCGCCGCCCCCCAAGCGCCAGAAAUGCAGGGAUCGAAAAAGUGAAAACGCUUUUGUAAUUGCACGCAGACCGAGACAGAAUCGACGUUUAGAGCCAGGUGUUUUAUGGGAAUCCAUUCCAGAUGAAUUGCUACUGGGAAUCUUUUUUUUUCUGCCUUUAACUGAUUUACUGAAAGCAUCACUGGUUUGCAAACGGUGGCAUCGUCUAGUGUAUGACGAGUCCCUCUGGCACAGCAUUGAUCUGGCAGAUAAAACACUUAAUCCAGGAGCAAUUAGUCAUGUACUUUCUGCAGGUGUAGUUGCUAUACGAUGCCCAAGAUCUUUCAUAGGGGAGACUAUGUUCAAGGAUUCAAGACCUCUUCGUUUACAACAUGCAGACCUAUCCAAUUGUCAGAUGACCAUAUCAGCUCUUGAGGACAUCUUUAGUCGCUGUCGGAAACUAGUGAACCUUAGUUUGGAAGGGAUGGUACUAUCUGAUGAUAUCAUUAGAUGCAUUGGUCACAACUCUGGCCUCAGAAGGUUAAAUUUGUGUGGCUGCUCUGGCUUUACUGCAGAAGCUUUGGAGGUCAUGAUCACCAGCUGUACUAGGUUGGAAGAGUUGAAUUUGUCCUGGUGUGACUUUACCCCAGAUCACAUUCAAGUAGCUGCAAACAACAUUUCCGAAAGUCUAACACAAUUAAACCUUAGUGGUUACAGGCAGAACUUACUACAAUCUGAUGUUCAGACCAUAAUAAAAAGAUGCCGUAAACUGAUCAACAUAGACUUCAGUGAUAGUGUAAUGCUGACAUCAGACUGCCUUGCCUUAUUUCACGAGCUUGACAACCUGCAGCAUCUUUCUCUUAGUCGAUGCUAUCAUAUACCAUCAACUGCAUUAACUGAACUUGGAAACAUUUCUACUCUGAAGACCCUAAAUGUAUUUGGAAUUGUACCUUGUAACCAAAUGCUUCUUUUACGGGAAAGCAUGCCUCGCAUAAAGAUCAACUCUUAUCAAUUCACAUCCAUCGGCAGGCCAACCACAGGCAGCAAAAAGAACAAAGCAAUAUGGGGAAUCCAGUGCAGACUGACAUUCAAUAAUUCCCUCACUUCCUAGCAGUGUUGUGUUUGUGUAACUUGUUGAUCAGGCGUGGUGCUUUUGCCCUGUCAUUGCAGUAAUAGAAGAGCUGUAGCAAGACAUCAUUGGACAUUUUGAGGAUCUCUUCACUGCUCCUCACAACUUUUAUUUCUACCUGGAUUAUACCAUUCCUUUUAUUUUCAGAUGGCCCUUUGAAUGUUUAUAUUGCCAAAUGUGCAUAAAACUAUCUAAUAAAAUGUCUGAUGCAGCUUGAAAUACUACAGAUUCUCAAGUAUAUAAAAUCAGCCAUCAGAAAAACAGAUGUACAGAAUGUGUGUUUUGCUAUGAUUUUUCAUACGUGGUCAUAAAAACGACGCAAACUGCAGUGCUGUUAGAACAAUUCAGGAAGGGAAUAUUUGCAGCUAUUGGAUAUAUUGAUCUGAUGCUACUGCUGACCCUAUUAAUCUGUGUGAUUUUGCUGGGCCCUGGAGAAUUUAUGAUGCAAGUCUGAAUGCUGUACCUUUGCCAUUUCAUAUGAUUCACCCGUGCUAGAGUAUAUGUAAUUUUCUUGUCUUUCUUCCUUUUUCGCUUGUUGGCCGCAGCAUAUGACCUUUUUCUGCUUUUCUAAUUUGUGUUCAAAAUGCCCUCCUCUCUGUGCUGAGGACACCCAGACACACAUGCAACACUGCUGUCUCCACACUAUUCCACAGCAGAGCAUGGAAGAAGCAAGCUAUUCUGUCCUUGAGGAUGAUAUGGGUCAUGCUUUCAGAAGCAUACAGCAGUUUUGACUGCAGCUCCUUUUCUGGUUCAUCUGCCAGGGUAGUGUCAAUAUCUUUCACUCAUCUAGUAGCUUUUCUCAGACACUGAUUGCAAACAUCUUUUGUGCUGAUAGGUCCAUGUUUCAGCACCUGCUCAUUGCCCCCACCUCCACUGAGCCUGACAAAGCCAUUCCCAUAGCAGUAGGAAGUAAGCAUUCAUUUUAUCUGUAUAUUGUACCACUUGGCCAGUCACAAUAGGGUUUUAAGUUUUUAAUUAGUUUGAAUGAACAUUACAAUUUUUUUUUUUAAUUAUUGAAAUUAUAGCGACUGGUUUUGCGUAUUGGCGUUUGUCCACAGAACGCUAGCAAGUUCUACAGGGCAUUAAUGACGUAAUAUGAACAUUUUAUACAAAAGUAUUAAAUAUGUAUUUGUAAACUGUAGUGCUGCAUCUUCUAAGCAGUUCUUUAUUACUGCCUGUGUAGAUCGUUACUUCUACACACAAUCACACAUCUCGUUUGAAUAGUAGUAUUGCAGUCGUGCGUCUGCCUAUCUCAAGGUAUGCAUCGCUGCAUGUUCAUCACAGCUAUGUUGUCCGAAAUGCUGUCUUGCUUUAUUCCAAGAUGGGAUUUACCACUCUGGAGAUGGUAUCAUAAACAAUGUCAUUUAGAGCGAUGGACCAUGAAGGCUGAGUUUCUCUAGUCAUUUAGACCAGUAGAUCACAAAAGCAGAGUUUCUUUUUCUACUUCAUAGCAAGCUUGUUCUGUUUUAUUAGAGAUCAUGUGAUAUCUGCCAAGUGGUUGAGCCAGAUUGUCAUGUUGCAGUACAUUGUUAGAAAGUUUUUGUUGUACUCCUAAAGGUCUGAUAUUUACAAUGCUUGGUUGUAUAUAGCACAUUUGCAUUCUUGUAGGGUAGCCAUGGUUUAAUUUGGGAAUAGUCAUUUCAUAUGCUGCAAAUUGAUGAGAGAUCCUGCUGUGUAUGAAUGCAUUUUGUCAAAAUCAUUAUUUUUUAAUGAAAUCUCAAUGUUAGUGUCACAGAUUUUGUAAAGUGUUUUGUUUUAUGAGCCAUAAUAGAGAUGCAGUAUGUUAAGGAUUUUAAUUGGAACUUGCAUGUACUGUACUUUUCUCCAUACCACUGACUGUUUUUGUGUAACAAACCCACAGUUCAUUUCCUGCUGUGGUCCCAGAUUAGCCCUCAUUUGGAGCCCUUUGGCAUCCCUGGAUGCAGUUUUAAUUGCUGUUAGUUUGAGAGAAUUCUUAUAAAGGCAAAUAAACAGACUAACACACAUAUUGCAUGUGAUGCUUUUAUUCUGACUUGGACUAUGAAAAUUUUAGUAUGAGCUAACCUGGUGUAGCUCAAAUUUUUUUUUCAAUUGCACAGACUGUGAAGUUAGUGUGUGAACCAACUCAUCCACAUUAGGGGUGCAGGAUUACUCUCCCCCCCCUACACAUUGUAAGUUUAACUUUUUAAGAGCAAUAGCAAGCAGUUACCAUUAGAGUGAAAAUAUGCCUCCCUGAAGGUAGACUUCUAGAUUGUCCAUGUUUAAGUCAACAAGUCUAUCUGGCUUGAUUAGUGCUGUAAAACACUGCAUCCCUAGUUCUCCUUUGAGUAAUUUUGCAUUGCUCUGUAGCAUCCUUGGGUAGUUCAAAUUUAUAUUGUUAACAUGCAUACACCCAUUUCUGACAUAAGGCAAGAGUUUUCUCAAAUAGACAGAAGCAGACUGCUCUCUGUUGCCUAGGAGAACUGAGGCCUUUGUGUUUGAACUUUCCGUUGAAUGAUUAUGAAUACGGUGUAAAGCACAGUGUGGUCAUGUUCCACAAUGCUACAAGACAGUAUUUUCCUUUUUACGUGUAAAAGGUAGACUUUGUUGCUGCCUAUUUUCAUAAAUAAUUUUUAUAAUAUAGUGAUCUCAUUAUUUCAUAGACUGCAGCACACCUGAUCAUUGUACCUGACGUAACUGAUCAGCUGUUAUAUCCAAAAUUUUCAUAUUUUUGUACCUUUUAUACAUUUUACAUCGUUGGCUUUGUAUUUAUUUUACAGAAUAAUAAAUGAACCUUCAACAACCUG